AUGUGUCCCAAGUCAUUUCCAAAGAAGUGGCGCUUGCUUAGACAUUUGCACAGUCACAGAAAUGAUAAGCCAAAUGUUUAUGAAAGUAUUUUAGAGAAAAGUUCAGGUAAAAAAUUUCAUGAAUGUGCUGUAUGCUUCAAAUCAUCUGCAUAUCCAAGUCUGUUACAACAACAUGUGCAUAUUCCCACAGCUGAGAAACCACACGACUGUAAUUUAUGUGUAAAAUCAUUUGCCCUUCAGAGUAGCUUAAGGAGAGACAUGCAUGAACAUGAAGUUGGGAAAAAACAUACUUGUAAUAUAUGUGAUAAGUCUUUUCCAUAUACGUGGUGA